AUAGCUUUUGCAAACUUUUUUCCUUUUUGCUUCUUGUCUGUUUGCUUUUUCUAGUCUGACAAAUAUCCUUCUGUUCCGGCCGGAGGACAUAUGCCACUGGCUGAAGACCGGUAAUUGGGAAAGACUUGGCGAAGGCAGACAAGAAAAAUGAAGUAAUGUUUGCAUGUGAACCUCUCUGAUUAUUUGUUCAUCAUCCAUAGCUCUCUUCUCUUAUCACAGAAGUAUAGAAACUCAGAGUCUCAGAAAAUUCAUAACCGAGAUUGAUAAAAGAACUUGAGGUGCUACUAAAAUUGUUACAGGGCUAAUGACAACAAUGUGCUUACUUAGCGAUGAAAAUCACAGAAGAGAUGAAAUCUCAGGAUCUGUACCUUCUUCAAAAUGCCAACGUUUGCGAGAAUGUUUCAAUGGGAUUCUUGCUCAGAAGAUUGAUUGGGCAUCCAUGAGUAAAAUCUGCAAAAAGUGGAUCAAGAACCCUCUGAAUAUGGCCAUCCUUUUAUGGAUAAGUUGUGUUGCCGUCUCAGGAGCAAUCCUAUUACUUGUGAUGACGGGAAUGUUAAACAGCGUCCUGCCCGAGAAGUCAGAGAGAAAUGCCUGGUCUGAGAUCAACAAUCAAAUCCUCACUGCUCUCUUUACUCUUAUGGCUCUUUACCAACACCCAAAGAGGAUCUACCACCUCGUACUUCUGUUGAGAUGGAAGCCAAAGGAUGUCUCAUUGCUUAGAAAAAUGUACUCUAAGAAUGGUACUUACAAACCCCAUGAAUGGGCACACAUUAUGGUGGUAGUUUUUUUACUCCAUUUGAAUUGCUUUGCUCAGUAUGCCUUGUGUGGGCUUAACUUGGGAUACAAAAGAUCUGAGCGACCUGCUGUUGGUGUCGGUAUCUGUCUUUCGGUUGCAAUUGCUGCCCCUGCAAUAGCAGGUGUGUACUGCAUUGUUAGCGUCCUCGGGAAGGAGUAUGAAGUUGAUCAUGAUGCGCAGGAUCAUAUUCCCACUAAUGGCACAAGCCGGUCCAAGCCUGCGCUAUCGCCCUUACCGCGUGAAAGUGGAAUUACUGAAUAUAGAUUUCAUCAAACUUCUCUACUUUCAAACAAGCCUACAAGUCCAAGCACACUUCAAAAAGAUUACCAUAGUCUAGAUAGACAGACCCCCAAGGUGAAAGAGGAAUCUACAAUGGAGCCCCCUGUACCAUUGAUUUUGCAGAGGGAAGAGAAUAUCCAACCAAAGACACAAAAAGGAAGGAAUUAUUAGCGAAGUUCUGGAAAGACUACAGGAACUAUUUGUGAUCUUGAUAAACUCAUUUUCUUCGGCAUCUUUAUAUGUAGAAUGUUGAAAUGAAAUAUAAGCUUAUAUUACACUUCAAAUACAUACAUAUUGGAAAAUUUUGAUUC